UUACAAUUUCUUGUAUAAGGUUUUUUAAAUUUAUCUAAUUGACUUAAAAAAUAACAAGUAUUUUUUAGAGUACACCCAAAUGUAGAAGCUUAGUCUCUCAUCAAGCUAAUACAUAACCUAUUAUAAAUGUGUAUCUUGAAUUUUCACCUGUGUUCACUUAAAAGAUUUCAGUUCUUUUCAUUGAUAAUGACAAUGCAAAAUCUGUCAAUUGCCACCAAACUGAUAUAUAUAUAUAACUUUAGGAGUCAAGGAAUAUAGAAAUUAGAACACGAAAUGUUGAAAUGGUAUAAGUAAAAACUAUUGGUUUCUGUAAUUACUUUGAUUAGUUAAUAGGGAGAAAAAUAUAAUAUAUAAAUUAUGAAUCUAACGGUGUUGAUGAAAGAUGUAUUAUUUGAAGUUUUUCGAAGAAACGUUGGCUUUAGAAUGAAGGAAAGAUGGUAAAAGUAAGAAGGAGAAUAAGCGGUGUAGCUUUAUCUUUGUUUGUGAGGCAAGAACUUAGCAAUCUACAUUUCCCAUUGCCAAGAAUAGUAGUGGUUUCAAAAUCUCUAAGCAUAAUAAAAAAGGCUUCUGGGUUCUUUUUCUCUCGCAACAAUCAACUCAACCACUUGUUUUCAUUUCUCUAUAACCUCACUCUCUUCUCUUUCCCCAUUCAAAGCGUGUAAAUGGGUAACAGACAAGUACUUUUGGCCAUGAUUAUAGCAUGGCUUACUUUGUUUGAAGGAAACAUGAUGCUUGUUAGUGGCGGUCUCAAUUACAAGGAGGCUCUCACCAAGUCCCUUAUCUUCCUUGAGGCACAACGAUCAGGGAAACUUCCCUCAAGUAAUAGGGUGCCCUGGAGAGGAGACUCAGCACUCGAUGAUGGAAAACUCGCCAACGUGGACCUUGUCGGAGGAUACUAUGAUGCAGGGGACAAUGUGAAAUAUGGUCUCCCCAUGGCUUUCACCGUUACUACGCUGGCAUGGGCUGCUAUUUUUUACAAGGAAGAAUUUAAAGAAGCAAAAGAGAUGGAUCAUCUUAUCGAUGCCAUUCGCUGGGGCACUGAUUAUUUUCUCAAAGCUAGUUCUCGACGCAAAAGAUUAUACGUAGAGGUAGGAGACGCGGAAGAGGAUCACAAGUGUUGGAUUCCACCAGAAUAUAUGAAGACACCGAGAACGGUUAAGAAGAUUGGUGACGGCACGUCCGGGAGUGAAAUCGCAGCUGAAACUGCAGCUGCAAUGGCAGCUUCUUCCAUCGUUUUCAGACCCAAAAAUCGUAAAUAUUCUCGUUCUCUUCUCAAUAGAGCUAAAACGCUUUUCCUUAUGGCCAAAUCGCAUAAAGGAACGUAUGAUGGAGAGUGUCCCUUCUACUGCUCUUAUUCCGGCUAUAAUGACGAAUUGAUGUGGGCAGCAACAUGGCUAUACAUUGCUACGAAGAGGUCAAUCUAUUUAAAGUACAUAUUAGAAGAUUCCAAGAGUGCUAGUGUAUCAGAAUUUAGUUGGGACCUUAAAUAUGCCGGAGCUCAAGUCCUUCUUAGCCAGUUAUAUUUCGACGGUGAAAAGAAGUUCGUGAAAUUCAAAUACCAUGCAGAAAGUUUCAUAUGCUCUGUCCUUCCAGACAGUCCCUACCACCAGAUUACAAUGUCUCCUGGUGAGUACCCUCUUCCUUUGUUUGUGUUUGCAGUGCUAAAAAUGAAGGAAAUCUAUGAAGAAUGGUGUUUUGCAGGUGGCUAUAUUCAUUUAAGAGACGGAGCCAACUCGCAGUAUGCAACUAGCAGCGCUUUCUUGUUCAGUGUAUACAGUGACUUGCUUGCCAAACAUAAAGGCAAAGUUACUUGUGGUGACAAAACGUUUAGCUCUUCCCAUCUCUUUUCUUUCGCUAAGCAACAAAUGGAUUACAUUCUAGGGAAAAACCCACUAGGAAGAUCGUACAUGGUAGGAUUUGGAAAGAACCCACCAACGCAACCUCACCAUAGAGGUGCUUCGGUGCCGACACUGAAAAAGGGUGAAGAAAAUGUGCCUUGUGGCAUGACCUUCACAAAAUGGUUUAUGACAGAUGAACCUAACCCUCAUGAACUCACCGGUGCCAUUGUGGGUGGAGCUGAUCGCCAAGACAACUUCAAGGAUAAACGUUGGGAGUCACCCUACACUGAACCAUGCACCUACGUCAAUUCCCUCGCUGCUGGAGUUCUUGCAAAGCUUGCUUCUUUGUCUUGAUUCAUUUUCAUCUUAUUCCAAAUUUUGUAUAUACAUUGUUACGCAAUAACACCUUUAAUUAAUUAUUUACCUCUUAAUUUAGCAUGCCAGUGCUCCACUAAAUAGAUCAAUAAGAAUUAGGAAACAAUAUGAACCAUGAAUAAUGUAUUAUGUAUUAACUUUAAGAAUAU